AUGCCGCCGCGCUCCGCCGCUGCCACCGCCUCGCUUCGCGCCCCCAGCCGCCGCCGCCGCCUGCUCAAACCCCCCAUCGCCCCCGCAUCUGCUGCCGCCACCGGCCGCCGCGGCGGGCCCAGUACCCCGAAGCUUCGCUGGAGCGUCCGGGAGAGCGACGAGAUCGCGCGCGAGCAGAAGGCUGCGUCCGUGAGGCGCCUCGCCGCCGCGGUGUGGCGCCUGCGGCCACCGGAGGAGAAACCCGCCGCCGAGCGCCAGGCGGACGCCCGUGUCGGCCUCGAGCAUAUACCAAGACAUCUGCAAGCCCAGCUUCUCAGAAAGGAUCAUCUUGGUCACAAACAUAGUCUGAAGGUUGAAACUUCAAGCCCCAAUUCCGUCUUGGAACGACACAGCGGAGAGCUCCAGAAGGUUCAACUUCAUCUUGGCUCAGCUUUGAUGCCUAUCACCGGCUUGGAGAAUGCAACAAAGUGGGAGUCUGACAGCGUAAAGGGGGUUGAAGUGGAUGGUGCAUAUGUGAUUGCCAGCCAACUUAAUCACAUUGAUAAACAGCAAGGGGAUACUCAUGCUGAUAGUCUCCAGAUGGAGCUUCAGCGGGCACAAGAUAGGGUAUGCAAGCUAGAAGCCGAACGGGUUUCUGCUAAGAAGCAACUUGACCGCUUGUUCGAGAAACUGAGGGAGGAGAAAGCAGCUUGGAGGAGGAGAGAACACAAGAAGGUUCAGUCCAUUCUUGAAGACAUGAAGGCAGACCUCGACCAUGAGAAGAAGAACCGGAGGCAACUAGAGACGAUAAACUUGAAGCUUGUUGAUGAGUUGAAGGAGGUCAAAAUGGCAGCUAAUAAUCUGUUGCAGGAGUAUGACAACGAGAGGAAGACGCGGGAACUCACUGAGGAGGUGUGCAACAAACUGGUGAGAGAGGUUGAGGAAUACAAAUCUGAGAUUGAAGUCAUCAAGCGGGACUCUCUGAAACUCCGGGAGGAGGUGGAUGAAGACAAAAAAUUGCUACAGAUGGCUGAGGUGUGGCGUGAAGAGCGGGUUCAGAUGAAACUUGUGGAUGCAAGGCUCACUCUUGAAGACAAAUAUGAGCAGUUAAGCAAACUGCAACAGGAUGUCGAGGUUUUUGUCACCUCUUUCAAUUGUAUCAAGGGAGAUAGCACUAUAGUACGAGAAGCAGAGAACAUUAUAAGGGAAAUUGAGUCAGUCAGGGAACAGGAGGUCGAAUUCAAGUAUGAGCCGCCUGCAGCAUCGGAGGACAUACUAUCCAUAUUCGAGGAGCUCCGCCCCAGUGAAGAGGGUGGGAAUAAGGAGACAUGCCGUAAGCAGCACAGCCCUUCAGUACACGAAUCAGAAAUCCAAGAAGCUAACCCAAUGGCUGACAUAUUCCUGGAAAACCCAACCAAACUGUACUCGAGUAGAAGCCAUUGCGAAGACAGUGAAACCGAAGAUGGCAGCAGCUGGGAGACUACAAGCCACGAAGAUUUGCAAGGUUCAAGCUUUUCUCAGAACGGAAACAGAAGCGAACCUUCAGUCAACAAGAUAUGCGACACAAUCUCCUGGACGAGUGGGAACGAUUCGGAGGAUGGGCUGAAUGAGCUGAGCAAUGUGUACUUGGCCGACAUGAAACAGCAACACAAGAAGAAACAGUCGGCAAUAUCAAAGCUCUGGAGAUCUUCCCCUCAGAAAAACUGUGAAAUCCAUGAGGAAGAUGUCGAGGAACCGGUAAACUCGGUGACUGGCAGGCUAUCAAAUGGCGGUAUAUAUUAUGGUACCGAAGGUGGGGAUCGGGGAGUGGGACUGAGCUCCCCGGGCAUGGAGCGGUGGAGCUCGCCGGACUCCAUGAACAGCCAGCUCAACCGCGGUUUCAGAGGCUGCAUGGAGCUGGUCCAGAGGCAGAGCCUGAAGGCAAAGCUUCUAGAAGCCCGGAUGGAAAGCCAGAAGAUCCAGCUUCGCCACGUGCUCAACCAAAGAACCUGAAGCAGGGAAGAGUGAGAUGCGCUCAGUUUACGCCAUGAAAUAAGUCCAAGGACACGAUUUACCCUCCAGUUCUCUCUUGUAACGUAGUCUACUUCAUUAGCUAGCCGUAUGUAGCCUGAUCUAGCCGUAGUUGAUGUUGCCCAUUUGUGUUAGUACAUGUGACAGGCUGUAGUGUCGUGUCGUCGUUGCUGUAUAAUUGUAGCACUAAACUGCAUUGUUCAAACGAACUGCCAUUGAUA